UGAUGUGCAUGUGUGUGAGCGUGUGUGUGGAGUGGACAUGCGCAGUCCCAUAAAUGACUCUGAAUUGUGCCAGAGGACCUAUGUCGUAUAUGAGAUCAUCUGUGGCAAAUGUGGCACAUCCUACAUCGGAAGCACGACAAGUAAACUGCAUGUACGCAUUAAGGAGCACAUGCAGGCAGGCAGGCACUUCCGUGAAGAAACAUCUACGGAAAUGCGAGACCCGGGAGUUCACAGUGCACAUCAAAGCAACACAGCGGAACAGGGGCAACCUUAGAAUCUCUGAGGCUAUCCUCAUACACCAAAAGAAACCAAAGAUCAACAAUAGAAGAGAGUUACAGGAAGCUAACUGGUUGCUAUAGCAAACCCUUCUGCGCAUGUCCACUCCACACACGCUCACACACAGCCACAUCGGCAACAUUUGUCAAUUUCUUGACACCCUAAAAUAGAAACUACUUUUCACGUCUUGCCUGAACAUAUAUUUCAUACAUCUGCUAAACUAUGGCUCAAUACGAACUGAUAUAUUGGCCUAUGAAGGGUCGAGCGGAAAUUAUCCGAGUGACUUUAGCGGCCGCUGGUCUGGACUUCAAAGAUACAAGGUACACUUUUGAAGAAUGGCCCUCAUAUAAAGAUAGUAUACCUUUCAAAGCAAUUCCGGCACUCGUUAUUGAUGGCACUACAGUUUUGGGUCAGAGCAUGGCGAUCAUUCGUUAUUUAGGAAGGUUAUAUGGUUUCUACGGUAAAACCGCUGAUGAAGAAUACAUUAUUGAUGAAGUUAUAGAAUGUCUAAUGCAUGUUUUGGACGCUCUCAUUCAAUUACAUGUCAAUCCGGAAAGUUUGAAGAGGAAAGUGACAGAAAGAUAUAAUGAAGUUUGUGAAAGAGUUCUUGAAUAUGUGGAAAGCAAGCUGAAACCUGGCCAACUACACAUAGUGGGGAAUUCCCUUUCCCUGGCGGAUAUUGCUUGUUACGUCAUAUUGGAAACCGCAGUCCAGGAAGAUGUUAAUUUGCUGAAGAACUACCCAAAUUUGGCUAAUCUUCGAGAGGAUGUUGCUAAACGACCAUCCAUUGCCGCAUAUUUGGAGAGACGUCCAAAAUGCAGGUUCUAAACCAUGAUGUGUAAAAAUACUUGAAAUAAAAAUCUUUCAUCAGAAGCAA